UGGAACCGCACACUGGAUACUGUUGUGACGGCGGGACGUCGUCUACAAGCGUCACGUUGACUUUGACAGCGUCGAAACGGUUAACAGUAGUUAGCGACAGUUGCCCUGUCAAACCCUCCGGGAGUGUCAUUUAUUUACUAACUUUACGUCACGUUUUUAAACACAACUUUUUUUUUUAAAAACAAAACAAUCCGCACUAUUAUUUUUGGGGGGAUUGCAGCAUAACUCAGUUUUGCGAACUUUGACGUUGUUGUUUUUUUUUUUGGGGGGGGCGUUGAGGUUUUAAGAUGCGCUAGGAAAAAAAAGGAGCCAGAAGAGAGAAAACGGAAAAGAUGACAGAUUCAGCGGAGCAGACGCAUCACCUGAAAAGUUGUGGCAGCCCAUCAGGUGGGAGCAGCGCCGACAAGCAUCUCCCUGCCAGCCAGCCUGCAGUGCCACAUAACGGCACAAGAGGGCGCCAGAGGGGCGAGCAGCAGGACAAGUUGUGGCAGAGCCGAGGCGGGCAGAAGGGGGUGUGCCCCGGCUUCGCUGCCGGGGACGACCGUAGCGACCCCGGGGAUGCAGCACUAGCAGCAGCAGCUCCGCCACCGGGGGAGACCCCGGAUCAGACCCAGGAGGGGGUGCAAGUCGACUCCGACACCGGUCUGGACGCGCGCCUGGGCCGGAAGCGUCACCGGCGUCGCGCCGCCAAGAAGAAGCGCAACUGGAAGCCUUACUACAAACUUUCCUGGGACGAAAGGAAGGCGCUGGAGGAGCGAGAGACGGCCAGGGCGUCCCGCCUGCGGGAGGAGAUGUUCGCCAAGGGGCUCCCGGUGGCCCCUUAUAACACCACCCAGUUCCUCAUGGACGAGCACGACCGGGAGGAGCCCGACCUCAACACCGAGACCGGACCCCGGCGCACGGACGACACGGGCAGCGAGGAGGACCUCUUCGAGCACGACGACGAGGACGACGACGUCGGCAGCGGCGGCGGCGGCGGACUCGGAGUCGGCGUCGGCAGCGACGGCAUCGGCAGAGCCGGGAACGCCGGCGGGGAGUUUCUGCAGCGGGACUUUUCGGAGACCUACGAGAUGUACCACGUCGAGAGCCUGCAGAACAUGACCAAGCAGGAGCUGGUCCAGGAGUACUUGGAGCUGGAGAAGUGCAUGUCCCGCCUGGAGGAGGACAACAACCGGCUGAGGCGCGCCGCGGAGCCCGGGGGCGAGAGCGUGAGCGUGGAGGACUCCCUGCCGAGGCUGCGGGAGCUGGAGCGGGAGCUGGAGAGACUGAGGGCCCAGAACACGGAGCUCCUGCAGAGCCAGUCCGGGGAGGACCGGGGACAGACCACCAGCGACUAGAGACUCCUGGCAGUCAUUGAGGAGUGAGGACUAAAUCGAUACCGUUUCCCCCCCCGCCCCGUUCUGGACUUGAAUUGUUUUACUGAUUGUAUUUUUGUUUUUGUAAAGACAACAUGACGUCAUUUUCCCCCGGAAAUUACAGUUUGUAUGUUGCGUUUCCUCCGAGCUACCAGAAAGAAAUAUGAAUUAUUAUAACUAUCAGCCCAGUUACUGUUGACGUUUUAACAGUUGUCUGUUAGCAUCCGGUCUAUAAUAAAAACAUAUU